UUGAAAAUAAAUGAUGGGAGAAUAAAUCACACAAAUGGUUAGUUUCAGAGUAGCAUUUUGUUCUAUUUUGUGCUAUCUUAAAGGUUCAUACUGUCAACUAUGAAUAAUCUGCAGGAAGUUAGUGCCGUUUCCCCUGCAACUCCUUCUGUGAAAGACUUGGUGAAGGUUUUGUAUGGAGGAAAAAGGUUUGGUAAUCAUGUGGAUGAAGUUUGGCCUAACCUGUUCAUUGGCGACAUGUCAGUAGCCAAUGACCGCUACAGUCUGUGGAAGCUGGGAAUCACUCAUGUGCUGAACGCAGCUCAUGGGAGGAUGCACUGUCAGGGGAGUCAUGACUUCUAUGGAUCUGCUGUGGAUUAUUACGGAGUGCCUGCAGAUGACUCACCGUCCUUUGACCUCUCUCGCUAUUUCUUUCCCUCUGCUGAGUAUAUUCAGAAUGCACUUAACACUGCUGGUGCUCGGGUUUUUGUCCACUGUGCAGUCGGAGUAAGCAGGUCUGCCUCCCUUGUCCUCGCUUAUCUAAUGAUCCACCACCGUUAUUCCCUACUAGAGGCCAUUAAUAAGGUUAAAGAGCACAGGUGGAUUUUCCCAAACAGAGGAUUCCUCAAACAGCUUCGGGCUUUGGAUUUGAAACUACGCGAGACAUCAUGA